AUCGAACGACUGCAUACUUUCCGCUAGGGUGGGCCGCGGGCCGGGCAGCACGGUUUUCUUGGCCCGACCCUUGAUCAAAUCAGGUCUAGCGAAAUCCAAAAGCCCGUUCGACCCCAAACACCGACUGACCGACACGACUCCCCCCUUCGUCUUCCAAUCCGCCGCUGUUCGAGUAGUCGGCGGCGCGGCGCCGGCGGCCGGGGCGGCGGCGAUGAAUCCCCUCACGCAGGUGAAGCGGACGCAGAUUAUCAACCAGAAGGAGGCGCUCCUGGGCAUCGGCGAGGACGCGUCGUGGCACGCCAAGUUUAAGGACUCGGCCUACGUCUACGUCGGCGGCGUCCCCUUCGACCUCACCGAGGGCGACCUCCUCGCCAUCUUUGCGCAGUAUGGUGAGGUUGUCGACGUGAACCUCGUGCGCGACAAGGGCACCGGAAAAUCCAAGGGGUUCGCGUUCCUCGCGUACGAGGACCAGAGAAGCACGAUUCUUGCUGUUGACAAUUUGAAUGGAGCUAAAGUUCUUGGGAGGAUCAUAAAGGUUGACCAUGUGAGCAAGUACAAGAAGAAGGAAGAGGAAGAUGAGGAGGAGCUGCAGAAGAAGAGGGAGGCCCGUGGAGUCUGCUAUGCUUUCCAGAAAGGCGAGUGCAACCGCGGAGCUUCCUGCAGAUAUUCACAUGAUGAGCAGAGAAAUGCAAACACCGGUUGGGGUUCUAAAGAGGAUAGUGGUGCACGAUGGGAGCAUGACAAACACAGUGAUGUACCGAAGAGUCGAGGCAUGUGCUAUGCUUUCCAGAAGGGAGAGUGCAACCGUGGAGCAUCCUGCAAAUUUUUGCAUGACGAGCAGAGAAAUGCAAACAGUCGUCGGGACUCUAGGGAUGGUGGACCAUCGAGAUCAGAGCGGUAUGGAGACCGAGAAUCUAGGAGUAGGCAUGAUGAUAGAAGAGCAGAAGAUCGGGACAGAUUCAGGCGUGACAACUCACCUGAGAGAUCACGAGGUGAGAGGCAGAGGGACGAUGACAGAUCCGACAGAGGAAGAGAAGCAAAAUCAGAAAGACGCAGAUAUGAUGUGGAACAUGAGGAUCGCAAGCGGUCAAGGCACGGCAGAGAGUGAUGCCAUGAAAGAAGUGUUUACAAAGAACACAAAUGGUGCAAGAGGCCGUGGGGGAUUGACGUUUGUACUCUUAAAUUGCAACACAACCAGUGCUGUUAAAUUUUGAUAUUUGAAUGUAGUUGCCUUCGGCUGCUGCUCGUGCUGCUGCUUUAUUCAGAUAAGUUUCUUUAUAUGCCUCCAUUUGAUUACAUCUGGUGUUCUUUUUCGCUCUUCAGAUCGGUGUCAUUUUUAGUUAUCAUCACUGAAACCGUCUGACUGGAUUGUGUUGGUGCCAAUUGCGUGGUUUUUGCCGAGGAAGUUGUUUACUGGUUAAUCUUCAGCUAGGAUGGUGGGCGCGCCUCCGCAAGGACCACAAUGCCUGUUCUGGCUACGCGCUGAUGAACAAUGAAAAUGAUGCUGUAUUUUGCAGAACCACUGUUACCUGCAACAGCAUCAGCAGCAGCAUGUGCAACCCAAAAGGAGCCGUAUUCCCCAGUAGAAAUUUUGUACUGGACAGAGGCACGGUUCCAAAAGGUUCGGCCCUAAAAAUUGCUCUGCAAUGUCAGUGGUCCAGCGUAGAUGAUGAUGAUCGCUUCUAACAUAGUCUAUAAAAAAUGCAUACUGGAGAUUUGGUACUAGAUAACAAGAGGACCUUGAGUACCGAGUUUUUUCCGGUGAAAGAUUGAUGGGCGAUGCCACAGCCUGAAGACGAAGAGGAUGUAAAGAAAAAAACUCGCCAAUUAAGGGCUUGUUCGGUUAUUCCUAUCCCAUAUGGAUUGGAUGAGAUUGGAAAAAAUUGUGAAAGAUUUUGACUUGUUUGGGAUUGAAACCCAUCCAAUCCCACCCAAUCCACAUGGAUUGAGAGCAAAACGAACAAGCCCUAAGAAUUGAUGAUGUUGUAGUACAAAUUCCAGGCCUUCGGUUGAUUUUCUAAGAGUUAGUUUGGUUAAUUUUCUAAGAGUUA